UGCCCUCUUCCUCUGAACGUCCUCCAGCCGCUCCGUGUCUGGGGUUCUCCCUUCGCUCCCAGCCCCCUUUCCAGUGUCUGUCCGUCCGUCCUGGCGCGCAACCUCCGGCCACCGGCUUGGAUGGACGCGCGGAGGCUGCCCGGGUGUCCAGGGAUCUUGCUUCCGAAGUUGGUCCUGCUUUUUGUCUACGCAGAGGAUUGCCUUGCUCAGUGUGGGAAAGACUGCAGAUCUUACUGCUGUGAUGGGACCACACCCUACUGUUGCUCCUACUAUGCUUAUAUCGGGAAUAUCCUCUCGGGCACAGCAAUUGCUGGCAUAGUAUUUGGAAUUGUAUUCAUCAUGGGGGUCAUCGCUGGAAUUGCCAUAUGUAUCUGCAUGUGCAUGAAAAACAACCGUGGGACCCGGGUGGGCGUCAUCAGGACCACUCACAUCAAUGCCAUCUCCUCCUAUCCUGUGGCACCACCGCCCUACAGUUACGACCAUGAGAUGGAAUACUGUGCCGACUUGCCACCUCCCUACUCCCCGACCCCACAGGCUUCAGCACAGCGUUCUCCACCCCCUCCUUACCCUGGAAAUUCAAGGAAACCACCCUUCUCCCAGACCAGAAUAUGUGCCAAUCAGAGAUCUUGCCUGGAAUAAAAUGUCUCUAUCAGAAACAGGGAAGGACUGCUCUAAGGAAUACCUUUUUGGGCCCAACAAUAUGUCAAGUGGAAUAUCCGGGCUAAAAAAUACUGAGUGUUUACCCAUCUGUGAGCUGACCACAUCUGGAGUAUUAUUUGGUUCGAUGAUACCACAUUUGAAAAGAUGUAAUGAUCAAUGCAAGCACUUUCAGAGAAGAGUAAUGAGACAGACAAAACAUCGGAAAAUCAUAUUGCUUAAGGAAACUGUAGUCCUGAUCCUGGAAAAGUGAAGAAUGAUGUAAGAGAGGAGAACAGCCUGGACUACAUAAGAAAACAACUAUAUUCUGUGCAGCCUUAGAAGUCAGAAUCAGAAUUAUUCAUUCUUUUGUUCAUCAAUAAAUACUGUUCAAGUGCAUGAGAGCCUACUCUGUGCCUUUCAUUGUUUAAAGCGCUGGAUGGAAGCACAGGAAUUUUGGCUUCUAGAUAAGAACAGGAAACUCUGGUUUCAGGAUGAGAAAGAGGAGUCAGAGCUUCCUUAUUGACUAGAUUGUUUUGUGAAGUUCCCUAUUACUAAGACUUCGAACAGAAUCUGUCUAUCUGGUAGAGACUUACUCUAGAAAGGACAGGUAAAUCAAAUGGUAGUGGGGUCCACUGGGCACCAAGCAUUCUGCUCAUGGUUUAGUUAAGUGUGAAGUAAAUUUCUAUGCCUCCAAGAAUGAAAACAACUAGAGUAGUUUAAUCUUAUAUUUAAUUUGACAGUUAAAACAGAAUUAAAGGGACUCCACAGCUGCUUGAAGCCAGUAACUCUUCAGUGCUAGCUACUGCCACCUAAAAAAAUCAUCUGACUUUAAUUAGUGGUUUAUUAUAACAAAGGUCAUUCCAACUGUGGGGGAAAGAAAACUGUAUCAAGUUCCACAAGUAACAGAUAGUUUAUUUAAGACUGAAAGAUUAGAAGCCAAAUAUUCCCCUGGGACUUUACACCAGGGAGUAAAACUGUAGAACUUGACUGUGAAUAUAUAUAACAGUUUAUGAAAAGAAGAAGGGAAAAUAAAACUUGCAUCCUUGUUCUCUGGAAUUCCAUUCAUGUGUAGUUUAGACAGAUUUGUUUCUCUUCUGUAAUAUUGUGAAAAUAUAUUCCCUUGAAAAACUACACAGUUAAUAGAAAGGUUAAGAUAUUGACAUCAAACUGUUGUUUUUUGCCAAGUCCAAAUGUUAUGAAGUGCCUGCCUUCAAGCAUAAAAUUUUUGGCUAGGUAAUUCCAAUGUGCUGUAUUUUGCUGCAAGUGACCUUAGCACUUAUACUUUUAUGUGGGCCCUUUCAUGUAUUUAAAAAUUUACAUUGACAAAAUAUUGGGGGAGACUGAUAUCACCAAAAUGGUGAUGCACAUCAUUCCUGAAUUUGCUUCGUCUCAUAAGAAGAACAGCCAACAACUAUCCAAAAA